AGCAGAAAUUAAUCCAAGAACUUGUUUGUCUGGUUUGUGACUGCCAAGGCGAUAAAUUACCUUGUAAGAAAUCAAUUUUUCUGUUUCUUGCGAGCCGCAAUUGACCGCGGAGAUAUUCCUAACAUGUUGUAGGGGCCCCCUGUCUCCAUGUCUUAUAAGAAUGAUGACUCCCGUCAUUACCCAUUUCUUGCUCUGGACCACACCUGUCAAACACUUGUCAAUUGGGGUUCAUGGAGUUGAGGGGUUAUACCUUCAUCCCCAUCGGAGAUCUCGUGGGGGAAGUUGCAAAUUUUAAAAAUUCGCCUAGUUUUGAUAUCAUUGGCGAGGUUGUGGAACAGCUCGGCGCUGACCGCCGGCUCGGGGGGCCUCUGUCUCGGUUCAAGGAAUUUGUAAACACCUGCCACCAACAGAAGGAUCCAGAUGAUCAUCAGGAGGUAGCAGUGGAGGGCCUUGUUGGGCAUCCUGGGCACAUCGAAAGUCAUCAAGCCGCCUCUGACAUAACCUAACUUAUCGCUUAUUUACGUAAUUGCCUCCAGAUAAGCUAAAAAUAAGCCAAACACUUGUUUACAUUGUGCGUUCGUGUGGACAGUUGGGUGCGCAAACUCGUGGAGAAAGCACGCCCUGAAUGCAUCGAAAAAAAUCGCGGAAAUUCAGUGCAUCGGGGACGGUUGGUAAUGAAACAAUCGAGGGUGGUUUUCCCCAGUUGUCAAUACUGUCAUUAGGGGUGCAGUGGUACCGGGUAAACAGGGCCACGUGAUCGCGGCAUGGUACCGGGUGGUGGGGGACGAAAACAGUGCGGUAUUCGAAUAAAUUUGGGAAAUUUAGGCCUACGCGCCGAGUGUCACGUUCACGAAUAAGGGUGAUACAGGGACGGACUCAGUGGGCAUGCGAGUGGACAGUGUGGUGACAGUGAGAAACCCUCAAGUUGAAGGGUGAUAUGUCUCAAAAAGACUCCGUUAUUCAUCUUAUUGCCGGGGGGGUGGCUGGAACUGUGGGGGCGAUCGUGACGUGUCCCCUCGAAGUGGUAAAAACCCGGCAACAGUCGUCGAAAAGCGGCUUCCAUCAUUUACCCCAGAUCGCCCAGGAGCCCCCCGGCGGCUCCCAAACGACGUGCCGUACAGUCUCUCCCUCUCAGAGGCGUAGGUUAUGGACCACUACACGGCACAGCCGGCCUCAAGUUGUGGCUCUUUCAGGUUACGUUACUCCCUCGACUGAUACUUUGAACAUAGUCCAAUGUCUGAAGCACAUAAUAAAGCACGAAGGACCCCUCGCCUUGUUCAAAGGUCUAGGGCCCAAUCUAGUAGGGGUCGCCCCCUCGCGGGCCAUCUACUUCGCGACGUAUUCCCAAGCGAAGCUUUUCUGGAAUGGUCUCCUGCCUCCCGAUUCGCCCAUGGUCCAUGUGUGUUCGGCGUCGUGUGCCGGUUUCGUUGCUAGUACUUUGACAAAUCCGAUUUGGUUUGUCAAGACGCGAUUACAGUUGGAUAUGAAUAAGAACAGCAACAUGACAGCGUUCGAAUGCGUACGGAGGAUAUAUGCCAAAUCGGGCAUCCUUGGGUUCUACAAGGGCAUCACCGCCUCGUACAUGGGCAUCUCGGAGACAAUCGUCCACUUCGUGAUCUACGAGGCGAUAAAAGCGGAGCUUGUGAGCCAUCACACCCAAUAUUCGACUGAAAAAAGUUCGAGGGACUUUUUCGAGUUUAUGGCGGCCGGUGCCGUAUCGAAAACCGUCGCGUCUUGCAUUGCGUACCCCCACGAAGUGGCGCGUACCCGUCUCCGGGAAGAGGGCAACCGCUACACGGGCUUCUGGCAAACCCUGACUUUGGUGUUUAAAGAGGAGGGCGUUCGAGGCGUGUAUAGGGGACUGACGACGCAGCUUGUGAGACAAAUACCAAAUACUGCAAUCAUGAUGGCGACUUACGAGGCUGUGGUUUACGUUCUUACGACGAGAUUCGGGACAGAGUUUUACGAUAAAGAGGCGAAUUAGCAGGGUUCUAGUUUUGGUUUUUAGAGAUCUGUGUUAUUAUUUGUAAAGUCAUGAUAGGUUAAGUUGAAAUUCAAGCUGGAUGUAGUUGGUGUACAGUAUUAGAUUUAAAGAGGUUUUGUAUAAAAGAUGAUUCUGGUCAUGUUGAUAGGAUAAGUUGAAACGGUUGAUCAGGUUAAGUGGAGGUUUAAUUUUGUUACAAUUAUUUAAGUUUAUUGUUCAAAUGAAAAGUGUGAUUUAUUCUAGAUCCGAUAUUUUUCUUAUUAGCUUUUUCCUGUUGUACAUAUAGCCAAGUUAAUGAAGUUCAUUGAUUUAAAUAUACCUUUCUCUAAAUACGCCAAUUUUCAUUUUUUAGUGUAAUAAAAUUGUUAUACAAUGAAUAAAUAGUAAAAUUUA